AAUCGCCGUCCUGCCCCUCAGCCAAUGGCAAGCGCGACCUCCCGCCACCAACCAAUGAGAGCGCGGGGCUUCCCGACAGCAACCAACAGGAGCGCGGGGGCCGCAGCGGCCGGUAACGCUCGGAAGCGGCGGUGGCUAUGGCCCCAGAGCGCGGCGGUCGGUCCCUCCCAGCCGGUACCGAGGGUCUCCCGCGGGCAUUCCUGCAGAGCCUGCGGACUCUCUUCGAUAUCCUCGAUGACCGGCGGCGGGGCUAUGUGCACUUGCGGGAGAUCGAGUCCCGCUGGCGGGGUACGGAAGCCCGGGAGCUGCCCCUCGGGGUGAUGGAGGGGUUGCGGCGGGCGGCACCGGCCAGCGGGUACCUCACCUUCGAGCGGUUCGUCCUGGGGCUGCGGGCUGCCCUGCCUAGCGCUGAGUGCCCCGUGGAGAGCGGCAGCGGCGGGCGGCGGAGCGGGGAGAAGCCGCCGAGCCCGCGCGGUGUUGAGGAGCGGCGCGGGAAGAGCAGCGGGCAGCGGGCAGCGGGGCACGGCCAGCCCUGCGGCCGAGAUGGUGAUGCUAAGGCUGCUGGGCAGUGCCAAGAAGAAGGCAGCCACCCAGGAGCUGGGGACACUCGUAGGCAUCAGAGGGGACGUGCAGAGCACCGGAGACACACCAUCACCAGCAGCGUGGACUUCAGCAUGCUGAAGCGCAUGAAGGAGCUGGAACAGGAGAAGGAUUUCCUGCUGCAGGGUCUGGAGCUGGUGGAGUGUGCCCGGGAGUGGUACCAGCAGCACAUCCAGGCCAUGCAGGAGCGCCAGAGGCUGCUGGGCAAGAACAAGACCAGCAUGGAGUUUCUCCCUGAGGGUGGGCAGAGCCACCUGGGCCACCUGAUCCCCAAGCUGCAGGAGGUGAACCGCUGCCUGGGCAACCUCCUUUCCACCACUGGCAAGCCAGCAACCCCCUCCUCAGCUCUGAGCAGGCAAGGCCCCGUGGUGUCCCCAGCCUCAACAGGCUCCCGGCAAGCCAUCAGCAUGCUGAAGGAGCAAAACAGGCUCCUCACUAAAGAGGUAACUGACAAGAGCGAGCGCAUCACACAGCUGGAGCAGGAGAAGUCUGCCCUAAUCAAGCAGCUCUUUGAGGCUCGUGCCCACAAUAACCAUGAAACCAGCCAGCUGGACUCCACCUUCAUCUAG